CGAAUUUGUGGAAAACAUCAGCGAUCUUAUUAAUCGGCCAGCACGUCGCGGUCAGGGCGACGAUAUGUAUUCCCAGAUAAAGCACAUCAAGAAUGCUCACGAUGACGGGAUAUGGUCGGUUGGUUGGAGCAAACGCGGUAACAAGAUCGUGACGGGGUCAGUGGAUGACACAGUUAAAGUCUGGGCUGGUGACACAUACGUACCUCUACAUACAUUCGAAGGGCACCAAUUAGGUGUAAUAUCGAUAGACAUUUCACCGGACGGGUCAACGGCUGCUUCGACCUCUCUGGAUAGUCAAAUCCGAUUUUGGGACCUAAUACAUCAUACCAAAACCGAUGACAAGACAAUAGAAGCAGGACCGGUCGAGGCAUGGACGGCCGUAUAUUCCCCUGAUGGACGUCACGUCGCAACCGGAUCCCAUAAUGGAAAUGUUAACAUCUGGUCCGUGGAAGAGAGGAAGAAGGAGCGGCCACUUGAAACAAGAGGAAAAUUUGUUAUGUCGGUUGCGUACAGUCCAAACGGGCUGUACCUUGCGUGCGGAGAAGAGGAGGGGCCGGUGCACGUUUUUGACGUUCCAACAGGAAGAUUGUUGCAUAGCUUACCGGGACAUUCUAUGCCGGUCAGAACGCUAACAUUUUCCCCCGACUCUACAUUACUUCUGACGGGUUCCGAUGACAAGCGAAUUAAUAUCUACGACGUUCAUCACGGCAAUUGCCUGUCCACGUUGGCGGGGCAUCAGUCGUGGGUGCUGUCCCUAUCUUUCAGCCCGGAUACUGUCCAUUUUGCCUCAGGAUCGAGUGACAAGCGGGCAAAAAUAUGGGACGUCAACGCUAGACAAUGUAUACAUACUUUCGACGAUCAUGACGAUCAGGUUUGGGGCGUUGCAUACAAUGAAGACGGUACAAAGCUUGCGACGGUAUCAGAUGAUCGAAGUCUUUCCAUCUACCAGACAGGAUAAUGUUGAAAAUUCAUUAAAAAAAUAAAUGAGAAACAAUAUAUCUCAAUGAGCACAAAAAACCAAAGCAAAAUUGGCAAGGUGGAGCAAUCAAUAUUUACA